UCGCCGUUGCCUGGCGGCCUCAUCCUCAGACUGUUUAUCCGCACGAAAUGUUACGAAACGAGGUUUUUUUUUUAGCCGCUUUUUAAACAAGCUAACUUAGCCUGCUAGCGGCUAGCCAACUGUUAGCGAACGGGUGUGUUGCUGUUAAGUUACCGAGCUGAUGGAGGAGAAGUUGUUUAAUGUUGUGUUUUCGCUCAGUUAACGUUCAUAAACACACGGAGAAGUGAAGUUGGAUGUUGUCGCUGAAUGAGUAAUGUGUGUUUUCAGAAGUGGCCGCCGGUUGAACAGUGUUUUCCUUCUGUUUUUUAAAGUUUGAUGCACCUGUUGCGAGUUUCACCUGCUGACAGCUCGUGACACAUUUGAACGGUUUCGCCGUUAAAGAAACGUUUUCAGGAUAUACACACUAUGACGGCGAGCAGAUGUGUUUAUCGAUUAGCGUUAGUUUCAUCGCCUCCCCUCUGAGCUGCUGAGUUUCACUUCCUGGUUUCUCAGAGACAGACACCUGGACCCGGCACAGAGAAGCCUGGAUCACCAGCACACCUGGGAGUUAAACUCAGCUUGAUCCAGAACGACAGGCAGAGAGCGAGGGACGACGAUGUUUGAAAAUGUCCCAGCAGUGUCCUCAGCGGAGCGUCAGCAGGUACUGGGAGCUCUGGAGCGUCUGCAGGCCAAACUGGUCCAGAGGGAGCAGUGGACCCACAGUGAAACCAUGGGAAACCUGAGGGAGACCCUGCAGAAUCCACUGUUCACCCACAUCCUGACCCUGCAGCACUCCAUCAAACAGCUCCGAAACCAGCUGAGCAGUAUGCCGCCUGAUGCCUGCAGCGAGUUCAGUUUCUCCAAAAAGGGUCAGCUGAUCAUGAGCGCUGUUAAUUCAGCCGGCAGCUCGGCCCCGCCCUCCCUGUCCACCUCCUCCUCCAUCCUGACCAAUGGCUCGUCUCCGCCCAUCCGUCAGACUCCGCCCUCGUCUGACCUCCUGCAAAAAUGGAUCCUCGCCGCCGCCAAGGGCCGUCACACACAGCUGGUCAGUCUGACUCGGCCUGUGUCUGGAGGUCUGGGCUUCAGCGUGGUCGGUCUGAAUCCUGCAGGAACCAGCAGUCAGGGCGUCUUCGUCAAACACAUCCAGCCCGGAGGCGUCGCACACAGGGACGGGGGUCUCCAGGAGAGGGACCAGAUCCUGGUGAUAAACGGCAGUCCUCUGGAGCCGGGGAUCAGCCAGCAGCAGGCCCUGACCCUCCUGCAGCAGCCUGGAGAGACGGUGGAGCUGAUGGUCGCCAGGGACCGCCCACUCAACGCAUCACCACAACCUGCCACCGCCACCAACAUGGAUCAGUGGGGUCACGUGGAGGAGAUCGAACUGGUGAACGAUGGAUCUGGUUUGGGCUUCGGCAUCGUGGGAGGGAAGACGACCGGCGUGGUGGUCAGGACGCUCAUCCCAAACAGCGUGGCUGACAAGGACGGGCGUCUCCGCACAGGUGACCACAUCCUUCGCAUCGGGGCGACGCCCACCAGCGGCCUCACCAGCGACCAGGUCGUCAUGGUGCUGCAGGGGUGCGGGAGUCAUGUGACCAUGCUGAUAGCCAGGGAUCCCCAGGGUCAGAGGUCAACAGCCCCGCCUCCCCCUCCACCUCCGAACUCUGCCCCCGUCUCCUCCUUAAGCCCCCGACCCCCGGACCUGCCCCCCCAAUGCCGGCUCAGCAAGACGCCCAACCUGGAGGGAUAUGAGAUCCACGAGGUUCCUCUAACCAAGAAGGACGGCCAGAGCCUCGGCAUCUCCAUCAUCGGCUACAACCCCAUGACCAGCGAAGACGCAGUAGGUGUGUUUGUGAAACAUGUAGUUCCAGGCAGCGCAGCAGAUCACAGCGGAAACAUCCGAAUCCACGAUCGACUGAUCGCUUUGGACGGCGACAGUCUCCACGGUCUGACCAAUCAGGAGGUCCUGGAGGUGAUGAAAAAGACCGGUCAGACUGUCGUCCUCACUCUGGUCAGAAAGAAACCCAGAGCCCUGGAGAGAUCCCUGGAUAAAGUGGAGAGAGGGGAGUCUAGUGUGUCAUUUAGGAGAUCAUUGGAGGUCAAGGCUCGCUCGUCUGGGUUUGACUUUACGACGCUAAAACUCGAACCAACGUACCCAAACACAGCACAGCUAAUAAGGGCUACAGAUGCAGAACUGAUGGAUAAAUGGGAGGUGGCUCUGGGACCAAAGUACCAAGUUCUGGUGGUGAAGUUGGAUCCUGUCAUUGAAGACGAUGCAGAGCUGCAAAAAUCCUCUAAGCUGCUGCCCAUCCACACUCUGCGUCUUGGAGUGGAGUUGGACUCGUUCGAUGGUCACCACUACAUCUCCUCUGUGGCCCCUGGCGGUCCCGUGGACAAACAUGGAGUCUUGAGACCAGAGGACGAGCUCCUGGAGGUGAAUGAUGUUCAGCUGUACGGUAAGUCUCGUCGAGAAGUGGUGUCGUUCCUCAAAGAAGUGCCUCCUCCGUUCACUCUGGUCUGCUGCCGACACCCGACCUCUGACCUGGAACCAGAACCUGAAUCUGAACCAGAACCUGAACCAGCACUGCGAACUGGACCUGGACCAGUAAGACAGUCACAACCCAGUGUGGAGGAGAUCGAGCUGAAGCUGUCGUCGAUGCUCUGCAGUCAGACAGAACCGAGAGAGAGCGUCGCUGAACAGCAGCAGGCAGUUCGACAGGAGCCGGUAUCCCCAGUAGAGGAGGUGCUGAUGGAGGAGAAGACUCGACACAGCCAGGAGGAGGAGGAAGAAGAGGAGGGGGAGGAGGAGGAGCAGGAUGAAGAUGAAGAGGAGCUGGCUCUGUGGUCUCCAGACAUUCAGGUGUUGGAGCUGCAGAAGGAGAGAGACAAAGGCCUCGGCUUCAGCAUCCUGGAUUAUCAGGACCCUCUGGAUCCCGGUCGGUGUGUGAUGGUGAUUCGUUCUCUGGUUCCUGGCAGUUCAGCAGAGCGUCACGGUGGUUUACUUCCUGGAGACCAGCUGGUGUCGGUCAACCAGACCCAGUUGGACCACCUCACCUUGGCCCAGGCCGUGGAGGUCCUGAAGACUGCCCCGCCUGGCACGGUCCACCUGGGCAUCCGCAAGCCCCUGGUGGAGGGACCGGAGAGGAGAGCGGACAGCAGCCAGGUGUCUCUCAACAACACACAACUGCCUGUGCCAAAGGGUUUCGGUGACGGCUCCAUCCUGCCAGAAGACCUUCGACAAGAAGAAGAGGAAGAUGAGCCGGAGCUGAUCCUGGAUGGUGGUCUGCCUCGCUACACCUCCUCCUCUCUGAUCUCUGACCUCCUGCCUGUGGUGGAGGGCAGGGAGAUGAUUGUGGACGAGGAGGUGGAGGGAGAGAAGGAGGAGGAGGAGGAGGAGGAGGUGAAGACGCAGGAGAAAGUCGAGGAGAGCACAGGCUCCCUCCCCAGGAAACCUCCUCCUUCAUGGGAGGAGUGGAAGCUUACCUCCUCCGGCCGGUCCAGAGGAGCAGAGGAGACUUGGAGAAGAGAGAAGCAGGAGGAGCUCAGAGACAGAGAGGAGGAAGACCUGCAGAUAUCAGACCAUGAAAGCAUCGUGUCUGUCGGAAACCUGAUUCUGGGUAUUCCAGACUCCAGAGACAGUGAAGCAGACUCUGAACUCACUCUGACCGACACCGACACAGAGUCUGUCAGGAUGAUUGACACAGAGAGAAGGAAGAGGCGGAGCCAGGCAGGAGCCUCUCUACCAAUCAGAGAAGGCCACAGUGAUCUUCCUGAGAGAGAGGAGGGGGAGGGAGAGGAAACUCCUGCCUUCAGUCACUGGGGACCCCCCCGCAGGGUGGAGGUGUGGCCUGAGGAGGGUCAGUCUUUGGGUCUGAGCAUCGUGGGAGGUCGUCAUGUCAUCAAGCGUCUGAGGAACGGAGAGGAGCUGAAGGGAAUCUUCAUCAAACAGGUUUUGCCAAACAGUCCUGCUGCCAAAACUCAGUGUCUGAAGACCGGAGACAAGAUUCUGGAGGUGUCAGGUGUUGACCUACAAGCCGCCAGUCAUGAAGAGGCGGUCAGUGCCAUCAAAUCAGCUCCGAGUCCCGUCGUCUUCGUCGUCCAGAGCCUGUCAGCUACUCCACGGCCUGUGUCUCUAACAGCUUCCAGCUACAAUAAACACAAAGCACAGAGAGCGGCGUCUCCGCAACCAGGUGCAGCCCCGCCCCCUCUGAGACAGCCCCCGCCCUACAGACCUCCCAACCAAUCGGAGCAGGAGCUGAACCCUGACCUGGAGCAGGCCAAAGAGCGUUGGUGUGAGCGUUAUGGAGACCUGCGGGGGGAGCUGCUGUGUGUGGAGCUGGAGAAGGAGCGGCAGGGUUUGGGUCUCAGCCUGGCGGGAAACAGGGAUCGUUCCCGCCUCAGCAUCUUCGUGGUGGGACUCCAUCCCGGGGGGCCGGCCGCUCAAGACGGACGCAUCCGGGUCGGAGACGAGCUGCUGGAGAUUAACAACCAGGUUCUUUAUGGGCGGAGUCACCAGAACGCCUCGGCCAUCAUUAAGAGCGCCGCCUCCAAGGUGAAACUCAUCCUGCUCAGAAGUGAAGAUGCUAUAAACCAGAUGGCCGUCCCCCCCUUCUCGACUCCCCUUCCUCCCCCAGUCCUCAGCCCUGAGUCUGUCUGUCCAGCUCCUCUCGGUGUCUCCGCCCCCGCAGACGGACCCCGCCACCCCGGCAGCCUGACGCUCCACCCGUCGUCGGACGCACCGGACGCGACGAGUGACGAAGCAGAACACAACAACAGGAACAGAAGCGGCAAAAGCAACAGCGCCCCCAAGAGUCUGAGAGAGAGCGACACCCUCAGAAAGAGGCCGAAAGCUGAGUGUUCAGAAAACGAGCUGCUGGCUCCGAGGGCAUCGCUGGAGCAGCAGUCCUGCAGGUCUCACAGCAGCUGCAGUAAACAGACAGCAGCAUCUCCUCCUCUGAUCAGCCCCGACCUGCAGACCGCCAACAGGGACCCGUCAUGCUGCGCGGUGGUUCCUGGUCAGGAGACGCUGUUGGAGAUCUGUAAAGGUCGAUCCGGACUGGGACUCAGUAUAGUGGGAGGAAGAGACACACAGCUGGACGCCAUAGUGAUCCACGAGGUGUACGAGGAAGGAGCUGCAGCCAGAGACGGACGACUGUGGGCAGGAGACCAGAUACUCGAGGUGAACGGGGUGGACCUCCGCGGGGCGUCCCACGAGGAGGCCAUCGCCGCCCUGCGCCAGACGCCGGCGACGGUUCGUGUGACGGUGCUGAGGGACGAGGCUCAGUACAGAGACGAGGAGAACCUGGACGUCUUUAAGGUGGAACUGCAGAAGAAGAGCGGCAGAGGGCUGGGACUCAGCAUCGUCGGGAAGAGGAGUGGCAGUGGUGUGUUUAUCUCGGAGGUGGUCAGAGGGGGCGCUGCUGAGCUGGACGGUCGUCUGAUGCAGGGAGAUCAGAUCCUGUCAGUCAAUGGAGACGACACGAGACACGCCUCCCAGGAAGCUGUCGCCGCCAUACUGAAGUGUGCUCGGGGUGCGGUCCUGUUGGAGCUCGGACGACUCAAAGCUGCAUCCUGGAGCUCAUCCAGACGCAACUCACAAGGAAGCCAGAUGAGUCAUGUGAGCGGGAACAGCUCAGGUGUCGUGGCUCCGCCCCUCGCGCGGACCCCGACGUCGUGUGACCCCACGACCUCUGAACCCCCGACGUCGACCUCCACCGGCCCCCUGCCCCUCAACAACUACAUUAAGUCCGCCGGUGACAUCGCUUCCCCCGCCAACAGCACAGGGGUAAAUGCUGGCAUCCGUACAGUGGACAUCACAAGGGGUGUCGGUGACUCCCUCGGGGUGAGUAUAGCAGGAGGGAAGGGCAGCCCGCUGGGUGACAUCCCCAUCUUCAUCGCCAUGAUUCAGGCCAACGGAGUCGCCGCCAAGACGCACAGACUCAAGGUGGGCGACAGGAUCGUCAGUAUUAACGGUCAGUCUGUGGACGGUCUGUCGCACAGCGAGGUCGUCACCAUGCUGAAGAACAGCUACGGAAACAUCAGCCUGAAGGUCGUAGCGGACACCAACAUCAGCGCCAUCGCCACUCAGGUGGAGAGUUUGUCCAGCAGCUCCAGUCUGUCGGCCAACACUGACACACUCACAGCAGAGCCAGAGGGCCCGCGGCCCCGCAGCAUCAGUCUGGAGAAAGGCUCUGAGGGACUCGGCUUCAGCAUCGUCGGAGGAUUCGGCAGCCCGCAUGGAGACCUGCCCAUCUACGUCAAGACCGUCUUCAGCAAGGGCGCGGCGGCGGUGGACGGGCGUCUGAAGCGAGGCGACCAGAUCCUGUCGGUGAACGGAGAGAGUCUGCAGGGAGCGACACACGAGCAGGCGGUCGCCAUCCUGAAGAAGCAGAGAGGAACCGUCACGCUGGACGUCCUGUCAUAACACACACACACACCUGAUAGCAUACACAAAUAUGAAUCACCUGCACACACACACACUAACACACACAUAUAUAUAUAUAUAAACACAGAAGCUCCUGCGACAGGAUCAGAUAAAUCACACACACACUUUGACUCUUGGACUACGAAUCAUCACGGAUCGUGAACUCUGAACUUCCCAACGUGCAAAAAAAGAAACAGCAUCAGACGGUGCCAACACACACACACACACACACACACACUUCCUGUGUGGGCAGACUGGUGGGUGAAACCAGUACACACUGAUGUCAGCAUGGCCAGAUGUGUCUCAACACAUUCUGUACCUGAAACAGAGUUUCUCAACCUUGGGGUCUGGGUCUGUAUUUGUUUGGGUCCGAGGACGGUCUCAGGUGAUCUUGGCUGGUCGUCUCGUUGCGAUAUCUCAACAGCUACUGGAACAUAUUUGCAUGAAAUUUGCAGUUUGUGUAAAAUUCUGCUCCCCGGAUGAUCGUUUUUAAAGAUUUUUGUAACCCCUGACUUUUCUUAAAGCACCAUCAUCGGGACAAAUAUUCCCCUCACACACAAGAAAUAUCAAUCUAAUGUGCAGAUUAUGAGGAAAUUCCCUCCCGGCGUUCUCCUUUUUUGUCUCGCCUCUGUACAUUUGUGAAGUGCGUUCAUAAAGCCUCAGAAUAAGUCCAUUUUUUUUUUAGCGUGAGUUGAUUUUCAACUGUCUGGAACCAAUUAGCAUCUGUGCUCACCUGCUCGCGUCUUUCCAUUGACUUUGUAUGCAGCGUGACGUUUACCGUGUUCAGAAUAUUAGUUUCACGUGUUAGCAUGCUAACAUUUGCUAAUUCGCACUUAACACAACAAAAGGAGAAUGUCAUUCGUUUUGCAAGUAUUUGGUCAAAAAGCAAAUUGAAAUGACCUGAUUAAAAAAAAAAAAAAAAAAACAUUAAGUCGAACAAUAUAUUUACCUUAAACUCUAUAACGUAACAUAACGAUGGACAUUUUCACAUAAUUGGCAGAUUGUUAUAAAUAUAUAUAAAUACUCAUCAUCCUAAAAUUGAUUACAAUUCAUCUUGUGGGGAACAUGAACUAAAUUUCACGGCAAUCCAUCAAAUAGUCGUUGAGAUAUUUUAGUCUGAGCCGCGAUUGUCAACCUCAUGGUGGCGCUAGAUGAAAAGUCAGGAUCAUGAGCGUCAGUGGGGCACCGUGAAUGUCAAAUCCGUGCAUCAGUUGUCAGCAUAUUUCAGUCUUAAGACUCUUAAACAUGGUGCCACAAGCCGGAAAAGGUUGAGAAACUCUGUUAUUAGAUCCACUUCCUGUUCAGAAUAUAACCUAAAACAAAUAACUGUCAAUAUGGAGUCACGAUGGAGUGACAUUUAAAUCCAGCCUGCACUAGUUAAUACAACUCUACAGACACAGACGAGGAGGUUUGUUUUCACGGGUGAAAAAAUCAUGUUUAUAAUCCAGAGAAACAAAAGGGAAGUGUUGGUGAAAAAGAUGUGACUGACACUGCUGCACACGUUAGCUUAGCAUCUCCUCUGUGGUAAAAGACUGGUUAGCCGUUAGCCACCGUGUAGCAGUUAUUGUGAGUGUGGAAACCACCAGACAGGAGAGUGUGUAAACUAUAAACACCACCGAUCAUUAGAUCUGUUAACGUGCCAUGCUAAGUAGCUAGCCGUCAAAAAGGUACUUUUCAUUUUCAAACAUGACAAUGACAAUUGGGUUUUACAAUUGUAAUUUAAAUUUUGUCGAUUCAAAUUUCAAUUUGAUUGAAUAAUUUCCUUUUAAUAUUGGCAGUCACAGACUUCCAUAUGAAAAAAUGUAAAAGCACAUUUAGGAAAAGAGGGGAAAUCCACUGUGACACGUGGUUAUGAGAUUUUACACGCUCCCUGCGGUGGAUCGUCCCCUCGGGUUCGUUGCUUUCGGUUUUUACUUUUCGAAGAAAAUCUAGGUAUUAACAGGUUUUUAUUUCGAACAUUAAACAAUGAUUAAACCGUGUAACCUGCAGUGUUUAAUGUAACACAAAUCUCUUUAAUGAUGACGACUGGACCGGUUUGCUCAGUUUUUGCUCAUCAGAACCUGUAAAAAUCGAAAACAGUGAGCCUUAAUUAAAACUUUCUUCCAUAACAGACGACAUUAAAAUGUUCCUUCGUGAUGGAGAGAUACUUGGUUAUCAAAGUUUUUCUAUAUACGCAAACAUUUCCUGAAGUUUUUCAUCCGUUAAAUACCAUUAAAUCAGAGAAUUCAGCCUGUUAAAGUGCUUUAAUCUUCUAAAAAGUGCCAUCAUUUGAUAGAAAUUAGGUGUAAUUGUUUUUCAAUCCAGUGGUGAACAUUUAAUUUCUCAUACACUCACGAACAUACAGAUAUUAAAAAUGAAAGUUUAAAAACUCAGAUUUUUCUUUCAGUAAUGAAUCCAUGUAAAAUCCACAUAAAAUUAUAUAAAUGUUAAAUACUCAUGUGACUCUCAGGACUUGGAGACCCCCUGUCGCCCCCAGCAACAGAUAGCGUCUUCCACGUGAUUGUUACCAUGGAGAGAAACAUUUUCGAAUGGUCUCCGUGGAGAUUUAAAAUAAUAAAAAAAGGCUUUCUAGAAGCAGGCGUGAAUAAAAGCAACAGGCCGACAUUUAGUAAAACUCUCUUGCUCUCUGUCGUCUCCAGAUGGACUUCAGUUUCACCUCUGCGUGUUUAGCCUAGCUUAGCACAAAGACUGGAAGCAGGGGGAAACUGUUAGCCUAGCUCCUUCGAGAGAAAAAGAUCCACCUUCAAACAACUCCAAAUUUGUCUAAUUUACAUGUUGCAGUGCAUUCUUAAACUUGUAAUUUUAUUAAAUAUAUUAAGGCUUUUAUUAUAUUAAGGGUUUUCUUGGAUUAAGGGUCUUUUAGGGGGCAAACACACCUUAAAAUGUGCCAAUUAACACUCAAAGCACCCCUGAAUUUGAACCUUAACCUACCUUAAGUUAAGGUGGAAAUUAAGGUUGGCUUUGUUACAUGGAAAAUGCUACAGGGUUGACCUCAUAUUUGGGUCAAUUAAUAGAUUCUAAUAUAUUAAGGGGUUUUUAAUGGGUUUCUGCAUGGAUUAAAGGGUUGAAAAAUAGCGUUGAAGCCAUCUCUGAAUAUUCACCAUAAUUGAAAAAUUAAGGCCCUUUUAAGGUAUAAAAUAAUAUCUAUUUCCAUACAGGAAACCCAAUGAAACAAUUUUAAUAUAUUACAACCCAUUAUGCUUAAUUAAUCCAGAGUAAUGGGUAAAUCAAUGGUAUUUUAAGGUGUAAAAAAACAAAAAGGUAUUCAGUGUCAUACUGAGGGACUUUAGAGAUGUGUGCGCAGUCACUGAACAAAUAGCUCCAAUGCUAACAGCUGAAAAAACCACAAUGUCUCCUGUUAACAUUUCUAUUUCUACAACAUUCAACCUGUAAAUCAAACAGACUUGGAGGUAUUGGAUUUUUUUUUCCCUCUUUUGAUGGAGCUAGGCUAACAGUUUCCUCCUGCUUCCAGUCUUUGUGCUAAGCUAGGCUAAACACGACCUUUUUCUGGCUUUGUCCUCUGAUAGCCGGUUACAUUUUGGAAAAAAAAAGACUUAGAUUAGCUCCAAAGCUAACAAAUCUCUAAUACAUAUAUUCGUCCUCACCCCUUUUUUUUUUUUUAAGGUAGCUGCACAUAAAAUCCUUCCUGAGCUCUCAGUAACGACUAACUAGUUUCUAACUAGUGACUAACUAAAUCAGGUCAUUAUAACUUAAGAAACGUCUCAGCGAGUCAAGACUUUAGUCAUGUGUAAAUCUGUUGCUAGAAAACAUCUGUAGCGCUGUCCAAUCAGGAGCAAUCAACUAUGUAAACAGGAAGUCACUGUAGCAUCAUAAACUAGCACAACUUUCAAACAUUACAGUUUUAGAGGCGCAAAAGAUAAAUCUUUGUAAAUGUCUGUAUUUAUGUAAUAUUUCUGUCUGCAUACAUGGAGAAAUCUGUGUUUCAGAGUUAGCAGCAUUCAUACAGUUUAUAAUGAGCGGGAAAUAUCUGAUUAUGCUAACCUAACUAAAGUUAUUAGCAUAACGUUUCGUGAUAUGUUGUUAUUUUUGUGAAAUGUAAUUUAAAAUCUUCAAGAUUUACAUCAUUAUUAAACAGCAUUUAUCAAGACUUUUUUUACUCAGAUGUUAGCAUGCUAACGUUAGCUUUGUCGGUUGCACCUGGCAGUUAGUGGCUGUAAAUAAAACUAAAACUCGUACAUUAGAACGAGGCUACAUUUGAAUUUACGAAGAGCUGCUUUAAUUGACUUCAGGUUCCUAAUUUUUAGCCAUUGCACUCUUAAUCUGAGUUGUAUUAAUGUAUGGCUUUUGUUACCUGCAAAUGUUGAUAGCUAACCUAAAUAUAUUUGAGAAGGGAUUCAGAUUCGAUGAGUGGAUUUGAUGAAAUGCUGCCGAACACCAACCUUUGUUUAGACAGAGAACAAGAGGAUUUACCAAAAUGUCAGACUGUUGCUUUCAAUCUAAAGAUUUUACAACGCGAAGGUAGUUGUGUGUUAGCAAAGUUUUGCUAACGUCUAGCAUGAUCCCGCCGUACUGUGUUCCGAUAUUUAGAUGCGUAAUUGAACUAUUUAGCAGCAGCUGUAGGCGUCGGUCUCAACAACGAAAGGAGAACAAAAUGGUGUGUUCAGAGCCGAGCUUCGGUCUCAGCGGGACGCUGUACUUUAUACAUAUCAAUCAAGUGCAAAAUACUUUAUGUUCAGCUUUUUAUGUCAUAAUUACUGUCUUAAUUUUUGGUACUUAUUUGUAGAUGAACUGUAAUUUAUUUUUUUGAUCUUGCUGGAAAUUAACAAUGUAUUUUUUUUUGUUGUUUUAUUAUUAUUAUGAGCACCAAUAUGUUUUACCAGUGUCUGAAUGGAAACCCUGCAGCUUUGAUUUGCCUUCACACGAUCUCAUUCAGAGUCGCUGCCAAAAAAAAAAACAGCCCGGGUUGCACUUUAUUACACAUAAUUUCUUGAUAAUUUCCUCAGACGUUUACUGGAAAGAACUACGUCAUUUGGUACUAUUUAUCGAGAAAAUAGAGAUAGUGUUCAGUUGAAUCUUUUAGUCAGAGCACAAUAAAUGAAGGAAAAGAA